UGCAGCUCACACACACACACACACAUACAUGUGUUUGUGUGUUUCAUGUGACAACUGCAUGGCCAGUAAUGUUUGUCUCAGUUGUCUGUUGUGAAACUAGGUCGGACUGUUUUUUUUGUUUUUGUUUUUUUUAAAUCAACAAAAAUAGAUGGUUUGCACGUGACCCCUGUUGCAGAAAUAUUUCCCACAGAAAGCUUAUUUUUAAGGAAAUCGGAUUAAAUAAUUUACAGUGUUAAAAAAACUUCGAUUACUGCAGACUCAGUGGAGCGAUCUCAUAUAUAAUAUGACCAUGAGUGUUCCCUGAGCUCAUCUUAGUCACUGAAUCUGUUUUUGGAGGUUUUUACUGAUGUAUAUGUGAUAAAGGAUGAACUUAUAAAAUGCAAAAUCCAUUGCAAUACUGGAGUCCAGUCUUCCACAGCAGCAGCUGCACGAUAUGAUAAACAUCAUAAAAUCAUGUCAAAGACAAAGAAUACCUCACUACACUUAGCACGCUACAUGACAAAGAAUGAAGAGUCAUUUUCUGCAUACAAGCAUGCACGCACGCACACACACACGCGCACACACACACACGGAGUCGCAUCACGCCAUCGGAAUCUCCGCCAGCUGCGCAGACUCCGCAGCCCUCACACCGUCACAUCAGGGUUUUCCGUCGCUCUGCGCGGAUUUAGUCGACUUAUUUAUUUAAUUACUCGUUAUAUAAUACACAGCGACUUCAAAGACACACACUCGCUCACACCGAUCGUCCUCAACCUACUCGCGCACCCAAUGCACAAGUCCUCCUAACAGAGCUGAAGUGACAGCGCUGACCUGGAUAACCGCUGAGCCUGUGUCCCGCACUGAGGCAGGCCUGUCCAAGCAGACGGACUCACGGAUACACCAGUGGACAGACAGCGGUGUCAGCAGCCCGUCAGCAGCCUGAGGGCUCGAGGAGUAGCAGCAGCGCCCAACACUGCAUCCACACCAUCCUCCCCCAUCCUCCUCCUCCUUGUCACGUCUGACAUGGCAGACCCCAGCCUCACGUCGCCCUCAGGGACGCCGCUGCGCUCCCCCAACACCAAUCUCACCCUCUCCUUCCCCUUCCUGAGGGAGGGGAGCCGGGUAUGGGAGGAAGGGAAGGAGCAGCCGCUGCCUCGGGAUUUGCCCAGCCCGUUGCCAACCAAACGCACCCGCACCUACUCAGCUACGGUACGUGCCCACUCAGGUCCUGUGUUUAAGGGUGUGUGUAAGAACUUCUCCAGGUCACAAGGUCACGGCUUCCUCCGACCCUCCCACGGCGGAGAAGACAUCUUUGUUCACAUCUCAGACAUCGAGGGGGAAUAUGUCCCUGUUGAGGGAGACGAGGUCACGUACAAAGUGAGUCGGGUCCCGCCCAAGAACCUGAAGGUGCAGGCAGUGGAGGUGAAGAUCACACAUCUCAACCCCGGUACGAAACACGAGACCUGGUCCGGGCAGAUCAUCAGCUCGUAGACCUGAGCUCCGGGGCCUGGUGGGCUGUGCUGUGCUGUGCUGUGCUGGGCUGGGCUGGGCUGGGUUGGGUUGGGCUGGGCUGGGCUGGGCUAGGUGGGGGAUGGUGGACCUGUUGUGGGACUGAUAACUUACAUUUCUGUGCUCAAAUCCUUUUUUUUUAAUCAACAUGUUUUACCUACAGAACAAAGUAUCCAGAGUUAAUAAGUGUCAAUAAUUCAGUUGUAGUAGGUGCUGACAGUUUGUCUACUCACAGAGCUGAUAUACUCUGUCAAAACUGUCUGUCUGCUAUGCUGAUGCAUUUGCUGUGUAUGUUAAACUGACCAUUUAUUCAUUGUUAGGAAAAAGGCACAUUUGUUUUAUUUAUUUGUAUUUUUGUCAUGACAGCAGUAAUUAAAGUCAGAUUUUAGAUGGGAGGGUAAAGUGACCAGCAGGGGAUCAAACUUCUAAACUGGGAAAAGCUUGUGGGCCUCAUUUUUCAUGGAGAUCAGCUGUGUAAAGUAUGAAACAUUGGGAAAAUUGUAUACAUAACUGUGGUGGAGAUCCGCAAACUGAGGCAUGACAGCUGAGUGUAUGUGAAGGGAGAGAGCGACGUAGGACAAAAGGCUGAAUUCAGUUUUACUUCCCUUCUUUGCAGCUGUUAAGCACUUGUUUACCUCACCAAAGUUUCCAGGAUCACAUGUUGGGUGCAAGUGUGGGUCAGAUGACUUGUUAUCACAACCUACACUGUUUUUACAUCAAGUGCAGACUUUGGAAAGAGGAGAAGAAGCUUUGAAUUCAACAACAGAGAUAAUGCAUGUAAAAGCAAAUAGUUUAGGGAAUUGAAGUUGAAGAGAUUUGAAAGAUUGUGUUGCAGAGUGAAAGAAAGUUGAAAUGGCAGGUUUUGCAUUGAAACUCAAAUGAAAUCUACAGUAAUACAAUAAUAAAAAUCCCUAAAUAUAAAUCAUUCUAUGUUUGCACCCUUGACAGGACGUCUCAUGACCCCCUUUUGGGUUUCAAGUCACCAGUUUAGAAACACAACAAAAAAAGAGGAAGUUUUAUUUUGAAAUGGAGAGGGGAAUGUACUGAAGGUUGCAAUGAGAGUAAGUAACGAGUUAGCAUUUGAGUUUGUCUUAGACAUGAAGGGAGACCAGGACUAAAGCAGAUCACAUCAAACCAAGCGUGGACAUUUCAAAAACAUAAAUAAAAUACAUACUUUACUGUGAAUGGAGAGCGAUUUUCCUGAAAAAUACAUAUCCUUGGUUGUAUUGUCUUGAUUGAGGUUAUUUAUUUUAAUUAUUUAUAUGAUUUGUUCCGAUUUGUGUGUGUCCUCAGAUUGCAAGCUCUAUAUUUUAGGUAAUACAGUCAAAACGUGCACUUAAGAAAUUUGAACUUCCACUAUAAAAACUGCCACAGCGCUCCAGAUCUCACUGUCAGGUUUUUUUUCUGUUUGGAAAGCGUCUGGAGCCAUGAAUUUCUAAAUCUCCUUUUCUAUUAUUAGAAAAACGUGUGUCUUUGUGUGAUUUAUUGAGCGUGAUGGUGAACUACAUGACUUCAUAGUUGGUGCCAAUAGAGAUCAUUGUCACAGAAAUGUUGUUUGUAGCUAUUCAGGUUUUGCUCAGCUGUACUGUAUGUCAUUUUCUAUUAUAUCUGUUCCACAGAGUCUCUAUGCAUCUCGUCUCUUCAGUGUCACUGCCUGAAUUUGUUAAACAUUAAAUUUGGUUUAUUUCUGUCACAUCAAAGGGCACUUUCUUUUGUGGACGAGCCACUGUGGUGCUGAUCCACAUGAUUACUUCUGCUGAGCCUUGAAAGAACAUUAAAGCAUUUUAUGAUUCACA